AGGGUUGUAUAGUGACUUUUGUUUAAAUGACUGUGGUUUUAGGCCAUUGACAAACUAUUUUCAAACUUUUUAUUUAUUUAUUGCAAGGAUGUUUUAAUGAUAUAAUGUUGUAACUGUCUAUGUAUUAUUAAACAUAUAACUUUUUUUUAAUUAUGUAUUUACCCCACAUGGAGAAAUUAUGACGUUGUACUGAUUUUACAUAGUUAAAAAACGUAAAAAAAAAUUAAAAAAAAUAGUAUUACUUUUUUUUUAAAAUAUUUUUUUAUUUUAUUUUAUUUAUAAAUCCAACAAAACAACACACACCAUUAUCACAAUCAUACAAUUCCAAUUCCAAAACCAAACCCGGCCCAGGAACAUUCACACAGAGCAAUUGAGAGGACACACAAACAUGACACAAAACAAUCCAAAAGUAGCCAAACAAAAAUGAAUAACGUCAACAGUAUCAGUAUUAAUAAUAAUUCCAACAUAGCAGUGAUUAGAAAUCCCUCAUUGACAUUAUUAUCACAGCCAUUUAUUUAAAAAAAAUAAUUAAAAAAAUUAAUUAAUAUACAUUAAAAAAAAAAUAAUUGCACUCUGCACAAAUAAUUAAACAAAAUCCCUUAAAAAGCAUGUAUUUGUAUGUACUGUUUGCAUGAGCUCAUCCAAGGCAGCUUCAGGGGUGAGUGCGUUUCUCCCCCCAGCCCGCCAGGCCACGCCCCUUUAUGCUAAUCACAGCUUCCCAUUGGCGUGUCAGGGUGAGCAAGUCGUCUCUGAUUGGCCAGGUCGAGGCCAUUUAUUUGCUGACAGCCGCGUCACUUGAAUGGUCGUCUAUUAACUUGUUCCAAAACUACCCGGACUUGUCAGGCGUACACACGCGGGAAAGAGGUGGGAAGAAAAAAAAAAAAAAAAAAAAAAGUGCAAGUUUUCUCUUUUUUGGCGACGGAGGGAAGAAGUUUUUGUGGACACUAACCGAGCACUGCGAGGGAGACGGGAUAAGUGUGUGUGAGAGAGUGUGUGUGUGUGAGUGUGUGUGUGUGUGUGUGGCGGCUUCCAGGCUUGUUUUUUUUUUUUUUUUUUUGAGGGGUGCCAAAAAGGACAAACUUUUUAGAGUUCCAGGUAACUUGUUUGGACUUUCACCUGUUCGGUGAAAAAAAGGAAAAAAAAAAAAAAGAAAAAAAAAAGUUUUUUCCUGAUGUAUAACAUGAUGGAGACCGAUUUGAAGCCCCCCGCGCCCCAGACCAACGCGGGGGGUCCGGGCAACCCCAACACGCCCGGAACCGGCGCCAACCAGAAAAACAGCCCGGAGCGGGUGAAGAGACCCAUGAACGCCUUCAUGGUGUGGUCCCGGGGCCAGAGGCGGAAGAUGGCGCAGGAGAACCCCAAAAUGCACAACUCGGAGAUAAGCAAGCGCCUCGGCGCGGAGUGGAAACUUCUCUCGGAGAGCGAGAAGCGGCCGUUUAUCGACGAGGCCAAGCGGCUGCGGGCCUUGCAUAUGAAGGAGCACCCCGACUACAAGUACCGGCCCCGGCGGAAGACCAAGACCCUCAUGAAGAAGGACAAGUACACCUUACCGGGCGGGCUCCUGGGCCCCGGUGGGAACGGCAUGGGCGCCGGGGUCGGUGGAGUCGGGGCCGGGCUAGGCGGAGGUGGUGUCGCCCAGCGUAUGGACAGCUACGCGGCGCACAUGAACGGCUGGACCAACGGCGGCUACGGGAUGAUGCAGGAGCAGCUGAGCUACCAGCACCCGGGGCUGAGCGCGCACAACCCGGGCCAGAUGCAGCCCAUGCACCGCUACGACAUGAGCGCCCUCCAGCAGUACAACAGCAUGACCACGCAGGGCUACAUGAACGGCUCCCCGACCUACUCCAUGUCCUACUCGCAGCAGGGCACGCCCGGCGGCAUGACGGCGCUGGGCUCCAUGGGGCCCGCCUCCGGAGUCAAGUCCGAGUCGAGCAGCUCCAGUCCGCCGAUCGUCACCUCGUCCUCCUCCUCCUCUUUGCACCGGGGCGCGCCGGGCUGCCAGAGCGGGGACCUGAGGGACAUGAUCAGCAUGUACCUGCCCGGGGCGGAGGUCAGCGAGCAGACGGCCCAGACCAGGCUACACAUGUCCGGCCACUACCAGAGCACCGUGCCCGGGACGACGAUCAACGGCACGCUGCCAUUAACACACAUGAAGCUGUAGAGGAAGAUCUUCACCUCUGCACUGCUGGAUGAAGUUUGCCAGACGAGAAAGUGGGAGUCGCAAUCAAAAUGUUUUAUUAUUGCAAUCACCUUUUUUUUUUUUUUUUUUUUUUUUGUACAGUAUUUAUCAACAAAAAAAACAAAAACAUUACAAUCAGAUGACUUAAUUAACCAUCAAGAGGUUGCAUCGUUUUUUUAAUACAUUUUUUUUUUUUAUCUCCCCCUUAUUUUUUUUAUUAUAUAACUUCAUAUAACAAAGCCAGUUUGGCCGAAACUGAACAAUUGCUCAUUUACAUGGGAAAGAAAAAGGGACAUAAAAACGAAACAGGUAAUACUGUUUUUUUUUCUUCUUUUUAAAUUAAGGUCAAUAACUAAAAAAAAAAAAAAUGUAAUAAUACUCCCCCCCCCCCCUCCAACCCCACACCCGCUCAUACAUCAUAAAAAAAAAAAGUUAAUUUAUAUUCCCCCGUCUCCCACUUUUCAUCCGUUUGAGGUAUGGCGCUUGUGCUCUUUAUUUUUCUUAUUGAUUUGUACAAUUCCUGUAUAUUUACUGUGAUAUUUUAUGUUUUUAGCUCAUCAUUCAUUUCCGUAGUUGUAUUUAAAAACAAAAAAACAAACAAACAAAAAAAAAGAGAAUACUCUGGCCUGUACGCAGAAGCCAACCACUCCAUGUACAUACUGAAACUAAUACCAUCCUUAUAACAGCUACAAUUUCAACUGAGUAUAUAUUUUUUUUUUCAAUAUGCAGUUUGAAAAGAAUAAAUUUUGGAAAUUUGGAUACUUGAAAUGGUUUGUUUGAUUUUUUUUAAUUGGACGUGUCUGCAGUGUGUGUG